AGGUAGCUCUCGAACGCCAUGCAGAUAUUCGUGAAAACCCUAACGGGUAAGACCAUCACCUUGGAGGUCGAGCCCUCGGACACCAUCGAGAAUGUCAAGGCGAAGAUCCAGGACAAGGAGGGGAUUCCCCCGGACCAGCAGCGAUUGAUCUUCGCCGGUAAACAAUUGGAAGACGGUCGUACCCUGUCGGACUACAACAUCCAGAAGGAGUCCACCUUGCACCUGGUGCUCCGUCUGCGCGGAGGCGCCAAGAAGCGCAAGAAGAAGAACUACUCGACUCCCAAGAAGAUCAAGCACAAGAAGAAGAAGGUCAAGUUGGCCGUUUUGAAGUUUUACAAGGUUGACGAGAACGGGAAGAUUCACCGGUUGAGGAGAGAGUGCCCUGCUGAGCAAUGCGGCGCUGGAGUCUUCAUGGCCGCCAUGGAAGACAGGCAUUAUUGCGGCAAGUGCGGGUACACUUUGGUGUUUUCCAAGCCCGGAGAUGAAAAAUAGAUUGUAAGGUUACGAGUUGUAAUAUAAAAAGUUUAUAACU